ACACCUUAGUUCACUGCUUCAGGGAACACUUUAUUUUCAUCGUCAACAGAGGAAACGAUGAAAAAAAGAAGAACAGACUCUUCGGGUGAAAACUCAUCACCAGUCUCUCAGACAAUGUUUCCCAUUGAUUGGCGAAGCCUGCCACCAAAAUUGUCACAGGAAUUCCCAGAGAAGGCAACAGCUGCACAAUCUGCCCCCUGGAGUAAGCCUACUCUCAGUAAUAAGCCUGCCCUGGGGCGAAUGCAAAGCCUGGAGGAAUGUUUUCAGUUGCUCACAGACAUGGCCAAGGAGCUAGAAGAUAUCAGCAAGGGCAGAAAUAAAAGCACACUGGAAAGGUACAAGAAAGUUUCAGGAGAAGACUCUGUGCCAGGAGACGUGGAGAGCAGCAAGAGUCUCAUUCUGUCAUGGGCUAAAGAAAUGGACACGCUCAACAUGUCAAGAGGAGUGAAAAAGAAAGCAUCCUUGAAAGCAGAGGUUACACGAAUGAGCAAUAACGAUGUGUGUGAUUUCUCAAAAGACAGGGAGAGGAUCAUGAAGUGGGCACACGAGUUACAGACUGUCACAGAGAACCUGAGUCUGUUAGAUGGAGACUUAAAGCAGAUUCUUACUAACCACAGCAAAAUGAAUAGAAAAGUAGAUGAAGUUCUUCCCUUUCUGGAGUUUGUGGUCUGGUCUCUUCUCUCACGUGACUCUGAGGAGGAUCUUUCAAAAAUAUGGUUGCCAGCUAAGCAGAGAACAUGGAAGACAAGCAGCCAGAAAUAUAUUCCUAAUUCAGUUUGGCAGUGGAUUCAGAGUGCCUCAGUGGCUGUACAUCUAGAUUCCAGUUCAUGCCACCCCUGGCUGCAUGUGUCAGAAGAUAAACUGAAAGUGUAUGAAUUGCCCGAGGCCCCUCGAGGGCAGCAGUGGGACAACCCUCAACAGUUUGACAAGCUGCCGUUCAUCCUAGGGCUCAACGGAUUCUCCACUGGGAGACACUAUUGGGAGGUGGAGGUUCCAGCAAAAGGAAAAUGGAGGUUAGGGGUAGCAGCUGCAUCUGCUCAAAGAAAAGGCCGCUUCCACAUUGCUCCAGGAGCAGGGUACUGGACUAUUUGUCACAGGCCUGAGAAUCUCCAGGCAUGCACUGAUCCCCGUAUCGAGCUACCAAAUUCUGUACCUCUUCAGGUGGUUGGGGUUUAUGUGGACUGUGAGGAAGGACAAGUGUCCUUCUAUAAUGCUAACAGCAGAUUCCAUAUCUACACUUUCACACAGACUUUCAGAGAAGUGAUUUUCCCUGUUUUUGCUUGUCUGGAUGGGAACACUGUGCUAAAAAUCUGUACAUCAUAAAUCUGUAUUUGAUGAAAAGCAAAAACUGAUGCAAGUUCGAGAGAACUUCAACUGCAUACACCACUAUUUCUCUGUCCCUAAAAUUGCAAUGUGCACAGGAGCAUUGUCAUGCUGAAACAGGUUUGUGCCCCUUAGUUCCAGUGAAGGGAAAUUGUAAUGUUAUAGGCUACAAAGACAUUAUAUACAAUUGUGUGCUUCCAAAUUUGCGGAACCAGUUUGGGGAAGAACCACAUAUGGGUGUGACGGUCAGGUGUCUGCAAACUUGUGGCCAUAUAGUGUAUAUGUUGGAGAGUUGUAUCAGCCUGUCUCUUACCAGUUGAGUUGAGGUGGACAAGAGAAUAUGAAAAAUAAGGAACUGAUUAUACAGACUCGAAAUUUAAAGUGGAACAGCACUUAUAGUUGUGUUGGAGCUCCUAAACGUGUUAUUCAAUCAUAAUAAUAAUAUUAAUCAAUUAUAAGUAAUGAUGUCACAUUAAGAUGUUAAUCACUAAUUAUAAUUAAUUAUGUUACUGAAGUAUGUUAAUCCAUAUUAACAUAUGGGACAUAUUAACACAUAUGUUAAACCAAUUAGUCCAUUAUAUUACUGUAUAUUGUUAUUCUGUUUACUCAGUAGUAUAUGUAGUUAUUUUAGAUCAAAUCUAUUUAUAGUUGCAAAAAAAAUAUGCUUGAAAACAUGUUUAUUCCAGAGGUGGUAAGAUGUUGGGUCAGAGUGACAUAUGAACUAAUAUACUGAUUUGAUGUAUUUGUUACAUAAAACGAACUGAUUCCUGAUUUGGUAAUUUUAAGUAAUUAUUAGCAUCAUUUCAGCUGACCAAAUGUGUAAGUUAAAGCAUAAAGGUGAUAGAAAGUAAAUACUUUUGCAGUUAUAAUUUUCCUUUCUUUUCUCUUUUCCUUAUAUUUACUUUAAACCUUUUUUUGUAAGAAGAGUUUUGCAAAUAAAUCUGAA